AUGGACUUCACGACCAUCUUGAACCGCAAGAACUCUGCCGCCGCAGCUGCCGCCGCAGAAGCACAAUUACACCAACAAUACCUGCAAAACUCACAGCUGAGCCAACCCGCCAUGAAGACCGAGCCGGGUGCUGUGGACGACCCUGUCAACGCGUACCCACCUCACCCCCCACACGUCCAGAUGGAACAGGGACUCGCUGAGCCCUUUUACUAUGGCCAACCCCCCGGCACCACUCCUCGGAACAUGGGCUAUGUCCCUGGCGGAUAUGCCGGUGAUCCGCAGAUGCAGCAGGCACCGGUGCCUACAGGGAGAUCAAGUGCGGAUGCGCCGCCCAAGACCUUCCACUGCAAAACGUGCCAGAAAGGCUUCGCUCGCCGCAGUGACCUUGCGCGACACGAGCGCAUUCACACUGGAAUUCGACCGCAUGCCUGUGACUGGCCUGGCUGCGGGAAGCAAUUCAUUCAACGCUCAGCCUUGACGGUGCAUUCGCGAGUUCACACGGGAGAGAAGCCUCACAUGUGUGAGCGCUGCGGCAAGCCCUUCAGUGACUCCUCAUCACUCGCCAGACAUCGUCGUAUCCAUUCCGGAAAGCGGCCUUACAAGUGUCCGUACGCCAACUGCCAAAAGACCUUCACACGCCGUACAACCUUGACUCGCCAUCAAAACCACCACACUGGUACCAUUGAGGAGGCCGCGGCAGAGACAGAGGCCAACUUGCGCCAGAAUAAGGAACGGCGGGGGCCGGAUGGCAUGUUCCCUGAUCAAGCUUCUAUUCAUUCGACUCCAUCUCCUGCCCAACAUGCUUCGAUGUCGCCCGGCGGCGACCUCCCCCCGCUGACCAUGCAUCGCUCAGCUGGCGACUACUACAUGGGUAGUGGGCCUAUUCCCCCUCAUGUCCGUGGAGACUUCUCCCAGGGUAGCCCUCGUGCUUCGCCGACUGCGACUUCCCCUUCGCUUUCGAGCUUUGGCAGCGCGCCCCACGGUCGUCCGCCAAUGACCUCGCAUCCUUAUGCCCCUCCCCAGCCGCUCGAGCCGCCGGCCAACAAUGACCAUAGACCCAACAGUGUCAACGGUAGCCCGCACAUGACCAGUCUGGGAUGGGCUUCGCCUUCCCACGGCAGCAUGCCCUCUCCGGGAUCUGCCAAUGACUUCACCUACCCGGAGCCGACUGGUCCAGCCUAUCCGACCUCGAUGCCGCCUCACAUGUACUUCCCCAACUCGACCAUCCGUCGACCUGGCAGCACCGAGCCGGACAACUACGAGACCAAGCCCCGAAUGGGCGACCAUGGCUGGUCUACACCGGUAUGA